GGAAAUCCGGUUUCUCUGAAAUCGCAACAGAAACUCAAUUGGCGUGCCUGAGGCUUUGCAUGAACUCUCUUCAGGAGGUACGUGUAACAUUUGGACGAUAAUAUUUGUUUUAUGUGAAAAUCAUAACCUGUGUUUUAUUUCGCUGGUGAAGGGCAGUAAAUAGCACAAAACGUGACGACUGUAUGAGAGGUUUUAGGUCGAAAAUAUGAAGUAAAAAGAUUUCACCACCUGAGGGACAAGAGCUGUCUUCAGCGAUUUUAUUAAAUUAAUUUAAAGUUAAAACACAUGAUUUAAAAUGUGUCAUUUUAAUUCAAGAGUGAAAAGAGUCUGAUUUGAUCGUCUUUCGAAGAGCUAGCACGACAUUGCUGAGUGACUUUUUUAUUUGUGCCCUAAACUUUAUUGAUAAGGCUUUAUGUACAAAGACACAAGUCAGACUUGCGAAACAUACUUGUAAAAGGGUCGGAAAAUAACCACCCAAUGAUGAUUUUUCACCUGACAAAGUUAUAAAUAGCACUGUUGUGUCACAUACACCUCCAUUUCAGUACAUUUAGCACAUACAGUAACUAGGUGUUUUGUGUUAAGGUGAGACACGGAAAAUGAAUGUAAACCAAAGCUACAAAGAAGUUCUACAUGAACCCUCUGUUGUUCACAGAUUUAAAUUAUAUUGAAGCAAACUCGAUACUUUGGGUCACCUUUCAGAAAAACACAAAUAUCAAGCCUCUUGUGUCGUCUCUGAUGGCUGGAAUCACUUGAAUCAUGUUUGUAGGGACCCUUAUGUGGACCACCUUAAUUUAUACCACUAGUUACAGUCAACAUGAUCUAAAUCAUCAUAGGAUAUUUUCUGCAGAUUUUGAUUCAAGAAGAGGGGCAGGUGCUUGUAAGGGUGAGGAUGUGGUCCUGUGGCACUUUGCCACAUGUCAGUCCCCACCCUUACAUUGAAGUUUUACUGUUCUUAUUCCAUCCUCUGUCUGACUCUUUUAAUAAAGAUCCCAAAAAAAGCAUGAAAAGAAAUUGGUUAUUUUGGUUAAAUCUCAUUCUCAAAUUUCAUUUGGGAAGAUGAGAGUACAGUGGAUAUAAAAAGUCUACACACCUCUGUUUAACUGCCAGGUUUUUGUAAUGUAAGAAAAUGACGGCAAGAUAAAUAAUUUCACAACUUUUUCCACCUUUGAUGUGACCAAUAACCUGUACAAUCCAAGUGAAAAACAAACAGAAACCUUUAAUGGGAAAAAUUAAAAAUAGAAAAGUUGAAAUAACCUGUUUACAUAAAUAUGCACACCCUUAAACUAAUACUUUGUUGCAGCACCUUUAGCUUUUAUUACAACACUCAGUCUUUAUGGGUAGGAGUCUAUCAGCGUGGCACAUCUUGAUGUGGCAAUAUUUGCCCACUCUUCUUUGCAAAACUGCUCCAAAUCUGACAGAUUGCAAAGGUGGAAAUGAUGGUAACAACUGAAAACAGAAGAUUCGUCAAUUUACUUUAUAAAGCCAUACUGUUGCCUUAGUGAUGACCUCUGACUCUCUCUGCAGGGAAAUAUAAGAACAUGGAUCUCCUGAGCAGUCAUGAAAUCUAUGUCCCAGCAGAUGCUGAGGUGAAAAGUAUUCUUCUUCGGAGUUUACCAAAAUCAGUGCUGACACGAAUGGGCCUUCCGCUGUCAGACUCUGGCGGCUCCAGGAACCUCCCAGACUCUCCAGAGGGGAUAUGGAUCUCUCCUGUAGUUCUUCGACUUAAAGGCCAGAAACAGGCCUCCAAGCCAGAGAACGGUGUGGUAGAAAGUGUGUCCUCAAAGGUGGCCAGAGAGUUUCAGGCUUCAUCGGGACCUUUACGGAUGUCUUUUGCGGUCUCAAACCAAACAGCUCACAAGGUGUUAAAAGACACCUGCAGUGGACAAAAUGACACAUCCUCGACCUCCGCCGUACCUCGAGGAUCCGUGCCCCAGAUUAAACAAGAUGCUGUCAUCAUCUACCAGGGGCGUAUUUACCUGUCCAUCAGGCGGUCCAAGCAUAACAAGGGUCAAAAAGAGAAAUGUGAUCCAGCUCCUUCAGACACGUCAUCACACAGCCAGAAGAAGGUAAUGGGACUUUCAGCUUCUGAUAAUGUGGAUCUCACACUCACAGAUAACUGGAGAACAGGGAAAAAACAUAGCAGUUCAUCUGAUAGGUUGAAGUUCAGCCCUGGAGGUGACCAGCAAGAGCUUUUUGUGAUGUUUUACUUCAUCUCUGAUUCAUCAUUAUUACAGAAACAAUGCUGAGUUGCACGUGUCUGCACACCUGAAGACUGCAGAUUCAAGACUGCAUGUCUGGGACCACAGUUCUAAGACUCAUGUUGUUUGCAGCAGUCCUUGGUGAUUGCAUUGUAUCCGUGAGAACUGCAUUUUAUGUGUUUUACCAUAAACUGCAGUCUCAGGCUCUGCAGACACAUGAUGUUGGAAAUGGUGGUCAUAUGCUGUUUAUAAGCGUCAGUGCAGCCACUCACCACAUAUCAGUGCUGCAGGUCGGGUUAAUGGUUACUCCCAUGAUGCCCUACAGAGAAGAACAGAUGACAGCACAGCGAUGAUUCUCAGUAUUUAGAUUCAGAGAGUAGAGGUUACAUUUUUCAUGCAGGCUGUGUCUGAAAUUAAACUUGACCCUUUUUUAAUAUGUGUGAGCUUUAUGGGAUGAUAAUGUGUUUUUGUCUUUUGGCAGCUGCCUAACGCCAACAGGUCCAAGAGGAAUCAACCCCAAACCAAGGAGACACAAAGCAAGUACAGAAAGGUAACACUCAACAGAGGGGAGAAUUCUUUAUCUCAGACUGUCCCCCAGUCUUCCAUCAGAGCACAAAGAGUGGACAGCCAACGUCAGAGUCAUGUAAAUGCUGAACAGAGGCAAACUGCAGAGCAGGCUGCUGUCUCGUUUCAGGACGAGAUAAACACAGAGAAUGGGGUUCAGGAGCUGGGAGAGGAAGAAGCAGGAAGCAUCAGCCAGGGCAACAACAUGCACAGUUAUUUACAGAUGAACAGCAGUGAUCACGGCAGCAUCAGCAGCCAGAGCUGGACCAGGAGGGAGCCUCAGGGGGCCUCCUCCACCUCCCUGCUGCAGGAUUGUGACUAUAGGGAGCUGGAAUUUGAUGAGAAGAUUGCUCAGAUGAAUGCCAAACUCAGACAACAGGAGGCCUUAAUGAAACACCAGAGUCACUGACUCAAAGUCUCUUCAAAAGUGGGGUUUAUGAGGUCAGUGAUGAAUUCAGAACAUGUAGUAGAAAACAGUCUGUUGUUUGGAGGAGCUUGACAGAGGUCCUGCCCUCAAGGUAAGUUGUUUGCUGCUGCAGAGUCACAAACUUCAGCCGUUAAAUUUCCAGGGUUCAGGUGAGGGACAACCUUUUCUUUUUGGACUGUGUUUCUAUGUGUAAAACAGUCCUGUAUUCAUGUGCUUUUCCAGACUUGGACGGUCCCGGUUACCAUUGUUAAUCUUAUUUCAAGAGAUCGAUCAAAAACUAGCAUCAAAUAAUCCUUCAACAGUAUUUAUUCACAUAAAUUUACACCUCUAAGUUUGUAAAUUUAACUUAAAGUGAAUUUAUGGUUUAUAUCUUGUAAAUUUAUAACUACAAGAACUUUAUGACCUCCAUUUUGUGAAUUUACAACUUUAGGCUUGUAAAUUUAUGACUUAAUCUGUGCACAUUUACAACUCAGGACUUGUGGAUUUCAGAAUUAAUAUAAUAAUUUAUGACUGCAGUUUUUUAAAUAAGCAAAUCACACAUUUGACCCUUGAUCCUAUAAAUGUACAACAAAGAUCUGUUAACCUUAUCCUUCUUCUCAAAAUGUCACAUCUAAAAUCUUGUAUAUUAACAAGUUUCUUCAAAAUAAGUUACAACUUAAAUCAUCUAAUUUUACACCUUCAAUCUCAUAAAUUUCUGACGUUUUCUUUCAUGAAUUUGUAACUUAAAUAUUUUAGAUUUACAACUUCUUCCUCAGAUGAUUUCAUAAAUUCACAUCUUUCUUUUUUUGUCCUUGCUGGGCUGUGAAGUGCGUUUUGUUUCGAUGGUAAUGCAUUUUCUUUUAUUCCUUGUUUCUUCUUCCAACCCUGAUCAGCUGAUCUGAUAUCUCACUCUGCAUGUGUAAAAAGACUGGUCUGAUACCAGGUUGAAAGUUUUUGUUUUUUUUUAUGUUGAGGGGUUUUUAAGUAUCUGAAGUUUAUGUUUUUCAUGACUCUGCAGUGGUACAUACCUAAUCUACUGUGCAAGACGCUUAUUGAUUCAAAUGUGUACAGUGAAUUAUUCUCAAAGUCCUGUUUUUUUUUAUGAAGCAGACCAGAGCCUCUGUUUCAGUCCUUGAAGUAUCCGGUCACGAUUCAUAGUAAAAUAUUAAAAACUACUGAAUGAUAUCCCUGCUUAUUUUUACUGAGGAUUUUAUUUUUUAUUUUAUUUUUUUGUUGACUGGAUACAUAUUGAGGCCAAAGUUGUUGGAUUUUUAUGCAUCAUCUGCAGUAAAACAAAGUGAGGACCUCUGACAUAUGUCUCUGUGUAAACCUGAGCUGCUGUCACUCUUUCAGGUCAGAGCUAGAGUCACUGAUGAAUAUCAGGUUGUAUCUCUGUGUUUUUUGGUUGUUUUUUUGUUUUGUUUUGUUUUUUUUUUUUCGUUGUUGUUGUUGUUGUUAUUUAGGGUCAAGAGUCAAGACUCAUAAAAAAGCAGAUCUGUGGAUAUACUCCUAUGACCUGAUUUUUGAAUUUACCUGAAUGAACAAGUCUCUCAGGAUCAACUUAAGAACUUUUUUUCCUCAAUGUCUCUUCAGGAGUGCUUUAUGUUUGUCAAUGUUUAUCAUUUCCACUUUUAUUAUAAACUCUUUGCGCCACUUUCAUGACUUAUGGUGUAAAAAAAUGUCUUAUUUUGACAAAUCUGCAAUAAAGAAACAAGUGAGAACAACAAAGAAA